UCUAAUCCGUCUCAAUAACUAUGCCUUAUUUCUAAUUAAAUAUGAUCUUACUAUUUUUAUUCUUUAUAUCAUUGAAGUUGAUGGUAAAAGUAAAGUUAUAUAUUUUAACACGCUUUAAUAUUUCACUUUAAACGAGUGAUGAUUGAGAUUUAAAUCCGUAGCCUUUUGUCAUGCUGACUUCUAAUAUAAGUCAAAAAAUCAACUCAAUAAAAAAUUUAAGCUGAUAGUUAAAGUCAUAUAAUAUCUUAUAAACUCUAACACUAUCACUUAUUUUUAAAUACCCCAUACUUUAACCAAUAUACCCAAUUUAUUAGUGUGUCAAAAGCUGAUAACGGUAAUUCCAGUAGAAGGCUACACGUGCUAGGUUGCAUGUGUCUAAAACUCCCAAAACUACACACACCCAUCAUCCCACUCCCAACGUGUCAUCCUCCUUCUUCUACAUUACCUUCCCUUAAUUAAUCUUCUCUUCCUCUUUUUACAAUAACAAUAACAAUAACAAUAACAAUAACAAUGGCUUCCACAACCCAUCCUUCCCAAACUCAACUAACCACCACCACACCACCACCACCACAACCACAUUCCUUCCUACGCCGCCUCCAAAACACCUCCCCAAACUCAACCCUCCUCCUCGGCCUCCUCACCCUCGCCAUCUCCGGCGGAAUCCUCCUCCUCCUCACCGGAAUAACCCUCACCGCCAUUAUUCUCGGCCUUAUUUUCCUUUCCCCCAUAAUCGUCCUUUCCAGCCCCUUUUGGCUCCCUCUUUUUGUGUUCGUCUUUGUUCCCAUUGUUGGUUUUCUAUCCUUUUGUGGGUUCGCUUUCGCUGCCUUGGCGGCUUUUUCGUGGUUUUAUCGUUAUUUUAGGGGGCUUCACCCGCCCGGUUCGGACGGGUUAGAUUAUGCCAGAAACCGGAUUGCGACGACGGCGAGAGAAGUGAAGGAUUAUGCUAGGGAAUAUGGAGGGUAUCUUCAUAGUAAAGUUAAAGAUGCUGCUCCUGGGGCUUGAACCCACGACUUUUGAUUAUGUUGUUAACCAAAUUAAUUACAUCGUAAUUGUAAUGUGAUUAUCGAUUUUCUUUAUUUGUUUUAUUUUUAUUUUUUUAUUGUACUUUUAUUUUAUAUACCUUAAAAUCACUUUCUUUAAUUUCUUUGUUGUUGAAAUGUGCUGUUUAUGAUUUAAUUUGCUUGAGCAUGUGAUUUAUACUUUUGUAGAACGUUGGUGGGAGAAGUUAGAAGAUAUAUGAAAAAUAAACAAUGUAUUUUCGAAUGACUACUUAGUAUUUUAUAUGAUACUUCCUCCGUUCUGAUAUUGUUUCUACUUACACUGUAGCUGAUUGUUUACUUUAUAGAGUAUAGUAUUUUAUUAUUUUUAAUUAAAAAAGAAAAAUGAAAAAUAGGUUGUUAAGUUACUUUAUAGAGUAUAGUAUAGUAUUUUAUUAUAGAAUAUAGAGUAGGAUAAAAAUAGGGGUAGGUAGAACUUUAAAUGAUUGUUUUAUUACUAAAAAUUGAAAUGUAGCAAGUAAUAUGAAAUUGUCAAAAAUAGAAAAUAUAGCGGGUAUUAUGAAACGGAGGACCUAAAUAGGAAAUAAUAGGUAACUUGGUUGAGUCAUGGUAAAUAAAAAAGCUUUGUAUUCUAUUUUAGUUUUUUGAUAAGACAAAUUUAGACUAUUUAGUUUUAAUGAUUUGAUUUUGUUUAAUUUGCUUACUCUUAUUAAAUAAAUACCAUUAAACUUAUGUCAAAUAUAUUUAGCUAUAGAUAAUUAUUGUUGGCUAGUUGUAAUAAAGAUUCUAAGUUAUUUGAUCAUACAAUACUCCAUCCUCAAAUCAGGACUUUUCUUGCUUUAACAACUAAGUGUACGUAACGUAAGUAGGUGGAGCCCAAAAUGAAUGUGUAGAGUUGACUUCAAAUAUUUUUUUAAUUUUCACAAGUGAUCCUAUAUUGAGAAAAAAAAAAAAAAGAUUUAUAUUGGAAAAAACAAGAAAAAGAGCUACUAUAACUUAAUAGGCUAUUCCAUAUAUAAUAGUUAAUACUAGAAACUUAUUCUAUACACCUCUUUUAUCCUUGUGAAAAAUGUAAUUUUCCUAUCAGUAAAAAGAAUUAAUUUUAUUUUUCCCCUUGCCUAUUAAGAGUGUUCUCUAGUCCAUUCA